AUGAACGCAGGCAAGAAACUAGUUCCAGAGCAAGAAAGAUUGCAAAGGCAGUAUGAUAUGCGCAAGAAGAUAUACGGGCGAACGUCGCCUUUGCCCGACUCGGUUGAUAUAAACCAAGUCCGUCGUGUUAUUGAUGUCGCUGCUGGAACCUGUGCUUGGGCUCUCGAAUUCGCUGCUCUACCCCAAGUUCGCGGUCAGCAAGGGGCGAUUGAAAUCCACGUUUGCGAUGUUGACACUGCAUGCUUCCCCCCGUCCUCCGUGUUGGACGCAGCAGGCUUAAAGCCAUUCGCUCAGGACAUCACACAGCCCUUCCCGGACCACCUCGGUCAGUUCGACAUCGUGCAUGCAAGCUUGCUCUUCCUGUACCUGACGGAAGAAGACUGGAAGGCGGCGCUUACAAACCUGCGCAAUAUCCUCAAGCCGAACGGUGUUAUUCUUCUCGAGGAGGUUGACCCUAUCUUGUUGACAGAGCUUCAAGACCGUCAGCGGCGAGAAGACUCACACGGAGACGCUAUACAAUCAUAUAUGAAAGGCUCCACUUGGCGCGACAAAGCCAACUCCCUUUACACCGGUUACAUGCUACGCAAACAGCGAGUGGUUGGGUUAUCGUUCCGCCUCCCCGAACUCGCUAAUGCAUUGGGACUGGCAGUUUCCGCCCAGGAAAACGUCUCGUCGCCAUGGGGUAAGCUCUGCGCCCACCGAGCUGGGUCGAAGGGCGAUUCACUAGCGGAGUACGAGGCAGAGUCUGCCAGCAAUCUGGGCCUUGUCUUUUCGUUCACCGGCUCCGUGUUGGCCAAGGAAAACAUAUUAGAAAUUCCGUUUGGAAACGCGGUCGACAACGGCGUGCUUCCAGCGGUACUGAAUGAGAUCCAAGAGGGACUGAGGAGUGAGGGAGCUAUGAUCCAAGGUUCGCAGUUCGAGCUUCGUCGAAUGUAA